GGCGGCUCUAGGACCGCGGGGCAGCACACAUCUCCUUUGUCUUCCAGCUGAUCCAGUGCCGGGGUCUCAUCACAGCUGCUCUGUAUAUUACAUCUCCUGCGCAGAGACCCCGGCUAUCAUGCCUGAUUACAAGCUGUCCCUCCUCUUCUUGGCUGCGGUAAUCCUCCAUGCCAGGGCCAGUGAGGUGCGGAGUUGUGUGGAUGCUGCCCGGGAGCUUAGAGACAGGGGCCUGAGUGACAUCCCAGAGGUCCGAACUCCAAUAUCCGGGGAACAUCUUCGGAUAUGCCCCCAGGAGUACACAUGUUGUCCCAGCGAGACUGAGCAGAGGCUGAGCGAAGAGAGCGUCAGAGAUCUAGCUCGCAUUGUCAAUGAGACAGUCAGCUACCCCGCCGGAGUGUUGACCAAGGCAAGAAAGAGGUUCCAGGAAUUUUUCCUGGCACUUCUUGAUUCUUCUGAGAACUCUCUUGCUGCCAUGUUUGCGCUCUCUUAUGGACAUCUGUAUUCCCAGAAUGCUGCUCUCUUCAGCACUCUCUUCUCUGAGCUGCGAGCUUAUUAUAUGGGAGGUGGAUCUACCAGGGUGGCGGAGGCACUCUCUGAGUUUUGGGCAGCACUUUUGGAGCGUACACUCCGGCUGCUGCUUCCACAUUAUGACCUGAGUACAGACUAUAUGGAGUGCGCAGCUCAUAGAGCCGAGGAGCUGAGACCCUUUGGAGACAUCCCACGGAAGCUUCGGAUACAGGUCACCAGAGCGUUAGGAGCAGCCAGGACACUGGUGCAAGGACUGGCGACGGCAAGCGACAUUGUCAGCAGAGCAACCAAGACCGUGCCACCUCCUGAUUGUCUCCGAGCGGCCAUGCGGAUGUGGUAUUGUCCAUUAUGCCGAGGGCACACUGGCCUUCUGCCAUGCCAUGGCCUAUGCCUCAACGUCAUGAAGGGCUGCCUUGCCCACCAGGCAGAUAUGGAUGCCGACUGGAACAGUUUGAUAGAGGGGCUGCAGGAAGUGGCUGAGCGUCUGACCGGACCCUUCAAUGUGGAACUUGCCACUGAAUCCAUUGCGGUGAAGAUUUCUGAGGCCAUAAUGACCCUGCAGGAGGAAAGCGUACAGCUCACAGCACAGAUAUUCCAGUCUUGUGGCACUCCGCGCCCAUCCAGAACCAAACGCUCCCCUCAGCAGGAACCAAAGAGGACAUUCCAAGUAUACAGCAAUGAGGAGAAACCUACUUCAGCUGCUGGCACCAACAUAGACCGGCUGGUGUCAGAUGUGGUAUCCAAACUUCGCCAACUGCGCGGCCUCUGGAAGCUCUUGCCUCUUUCUCUGUGUUCAGAUCACAGGGUCUCAGCUGGUCUAAGCAACCAGGACAGGUGCUGGAAUGGACAGACCCGGGGAAGGUAUCUCCCUCAGGUUACGGGCGAUGGCGUUGUCAAUCAGAUUAAUAAUCCGGAAGUGGAGUUACCAAUGUCGCCUCCGGAUCCUAGAACCCGUCAGCUGGGGCUGCAGCUUCGCGUGGUGCGGAGCAAACUAAGAGCAGCAUACAGCGGGAAGGACAGCGAGACACAGGAGCCCUAUGAUGAGGGCAGCGGAGGCUCCGGUGGAGGGGACCCUGUGACAGAGAAACCUGCUGUCAAAGUCCAGGGAGGUGGUGGAGAACGAAAGGAGCGACCCGGCAAAGACAAGAAGCAGGGUGCAGGGGGGAGAGGCAGGGGCGGUAGGAGGGGUGGGGUUAGGAACACCGAUGGGGCAGGAGCGCUAACUUCUCCCAUCUAUAUCAUCAUUCCCAUGGCCUUUAUGGCAGGACUUGUGGUGUCUGUGUGACCUCGAAAUAUGGAUCAAUGCUGCAUGUGAUCAGAAAAUACAACUUACCAAUCACUGUGCGGCCCAAUUCUGUACAUUAUUGAGAUGGCAAAAUCUAGUCAGCCGUGGUAGUGAAUGUAAGGUGCCAUCCAUAGGUGCAGUGGUCACCUGCUAUCCACAUGACUACCGCCCUGAUCAAUAAUGGUGCAGAAUUGGAAGAUAUAUUAAAUCGGGUUCAGGUUUUCUGUAAAUCAUUUUAUAAUGAAAGUUAGAGAACUUUCUAAGUUACUUUGUGUUUCAAUCCCUCACUAUUUUUUCCGCUUGCUGUCACUGAAUAUAAACUACACCUGUACAGAUCUAAUACUCAUAGAAGGUUUGCUAUGAUUGUAUCCAGUCUAGACAAUCCCCUCUGGGUUCCAGACUGAUACAUGUUACCUGCACUGAUACAUUGUAACAAACUAUCAGGACAGGAGAGAGAUUUGUACUGCUCUGUACACAUUGCUCCACAUAUAUAAAGACUGGCAGAAAAGGAGGUAGUUGAAGAGAUUUGCGCCAAAUUAAUAAGACACACACCUUGUAAUAAAUCUGACGUCCCUUUUAAGAUUUGGCGAGUGACAAGAAAAGUCACAAUCUUUGUUCAGAUUUGGCAGUUGACACUAAACGCUGGCCUCACUGCUUAGGGCACUAGCGUUAAAGUUUUCCGGUAUUGAGUUUCGUCCUAGGGGCUCAAUACCGGAAAAAAAACGCAUCCGUUUUAUCCUAAUGCAUUCUGAAUGGAAAGCAAUCCGUUCAGUAUGCAUCAGGAUGUCUUCAGUUCCGUUACGUCCCUUUUACGGUAUUUGAAAUAAAAAGUAAGACAGCGCUACCUGUUGAGAUGUUCUCAAUAAGUCCAUUCGGUGGCGGUGCCAGUGGUGUCAGAUCCUGACCUCUGGGUCCCCAAAGUACAAAAAUAGAGGAAAAAAACCGUAGCGCUCCAAUUU